GCGCUCCACGAGACGGACGUGUCAUGUCCCCGCGCAGAGCGCCCGCGAGUGAAUCACGCAGUGCCGGUGUAAACGCGCCCAUUGUACUAUAACGCUCCUCUUAUAGUAACUUAUGAGUGCCGCUUCGCUCAAUUAUGCUGAUGGUACAAACCAAUGCCCAACCCAUGAAGACCAACAAAGUCAAAGGACCGCCACCUGUACCUCCGCGGCCCAACCAGAGCGUGGUGGCCGAGGCUCUAGCCAAAACGAGGAAGGCCGUCGCCGACUCGAAGGCCAACCUCUCCAAGUCGCGCACGUUGCCCAAACAAGAACAACAAUCCACGAUUAAAGCUAAAACUUUGGAUAGAGCGAGCAAACCGGCGGUGUCACCCAAACAAAAUGGACUAGCACGGGUCAAGUCGUUCAUUAAGGAUGUAAUAAGUGAUCGCAGUUCCUCCUCCGAUGAAAAGAGAUCGAGUGGUCAAAACUCCAGAAGAAGUUCGAGUGAUAGCAGUUCUAUACACACGCCUUCGUCUACCAAAAGGUCAAAUGAGAGUCUUAAUUCUAAAGCUGUCAAAACGUGUAAACAAAUAUUAGUCCGGUCCCUAUCAACCUCUAACAAAUUAGAUCAAGACGCAAAAUGCAAAGUGACAAAGUCAUCGAGUUUUGCCGAGAAAACUCUCCCUUUAAGGAAAGCUCCACCACCACCGUUAUCUCCGAAACCUAAGUUAAAACCAAUGAAACCGUUACCUGUUUAUACAAACUGUACAGAAAAUAAUAGUCCUAAGCAAACACCCACACCAGAAUUAAGUCCUUAUUCUUCGCCUUUAGACGCAAAACCUCCACAAAGUCCUGGGCCUGAAGCACCAUAUGCUACAGUGGAGGAGAUGCAGGACUUCGAUAAUAGAUUACGGAACAGUCCUGCGAAACAAGUUAAUAAUGUUCCAGAUACGCAAUUAGUUGAUAACACAUCUAUUCAAAAUGGUAAUAAUAACUCUUUGGAACGGAAAACGUCUCGGGUCACUGAAAUGCUGAUUUCGGAAAUUAUAGCUAGUAGGAACAACAACAAAGACGAAGCUAACGCUGUUAUUGAUAAAGGGAAAGAUCCGAAUCUGACAAACGGAAACGACUCACCUGAAGUGGAACUGAGGAGGGAUAUGAAUAAUCAUGAGAUGUUGAUAUAUGAGCUCCAAACGAUGCGGUCUCAGUCAAAUGUCCCGGAGAAUUUGGACCCUAAGGAAUUUGUUGAUAGAAACGGCCAUUGUGAUUCUGAAGAUUCAGAGCAGAACUAUGCGAUGUCGUCUGUGACUAGUGGGAACACGGAUGACGUUUAUGAUCAAGCGUAUGCGUAUAUAUUGGAUGACGACUUGAAAUCUAGGCUUCGCAAGCAGUACCGUGCGAUCAGUACGAUGUCGUUACACGGACUACCUCCACUGCCGAAGAGCCUGAGUGGAUUCGCUGAGGUUGAACCUGAUCUGCAAGAGACACCGCAUUCAGGAGCCGGUGAUAAGCCGCCAACGGAUCUAGACUCGCAGCUGACGUACUUGAAGAAGGAAAUGGCCAGUCUCCGGCAGUUAGACUUGUCACUUCUGUCAGAACUUUGGACCCUGAGCGAAGCCAUGGCAUCCUGGAGGCGACAGCUGGAGCGGGGACCGCGCCUGAGACCAGCCCCCCCGCCGCCGCCGCCCCCGCAUUACCUCCGAACUUGAAAUUAAAUAUAUCUUCAUUUCUUA